GUCACCUGAAAUGAAAAGUUUUCCAACAGUCUUGAAGGAGUUCCCAGAGGUGUUUAUUAGCACUUGUUGGCCUUUUGCCUUCUUCACUCUGUGGUCCAGCUCACCCUAAACCAUCUGGAUUGGGUUCAGGUCCGGUGACUUCGGAGGACAGUCACCCAUCAUGGUGUCCUACAAGAGGCUGAACCCAGAAGAGGUGAACUUUUCUGGGGCCACUUUAAGAGAACCUCCACCUGAAGAUUCAGGCGAUGCUGAGGCAAAGACAGAAGACCUAGAGCGUCCUCUGCUGGAGCAGAGAUCUCAGUGCUCCUCCACUGUUGCUCUGUUGACCUUGGGAGGGCUUAUUCUGGUGGUCCUUGGGGUUUGGCUGCUGGGGACUGUCUUUUGGUUGCGUGGUCCACCUUCGACUGAAAUCCAUAAACCUCCACCGCCUGUAGCCUCUCCAGGCCAAAGCAGGGAGUGGGAUGGUGGGGCUCAGCCAGAAUCCUGCACCCUCAUCCCAGAAGGCUGGAGGUUUGACUGCUAUCCAGAGAGAGGUGUUGUGGUUAAUGAGGAGAUGUGCCACAAGAGGAACUGUUGCUUCAUACAGGUAGCAGAAGAAAAGUCACCUGGACAAAAUGGAGUGCCAUGGUGCUUCUAUCCACCUGACUUUCCAUCUUAUGAGUUGGUGACCAAUAAUGAGACUGAGAUGGGUUACAGGGGGAAGCUGGUUCGUCGGCAGAAGACCUACUAUCCUAACGAUAUCGAGACGCUACAGUUGGAUGUACUGUAUGAGUCUGACAGCAGGCUACGCAUCAGAGUAACAGAUCCAGCAAAGGAUAGAUAUGAAGUUCCCAUAGAUGUGCCUGUUGUGAAGAAAAAGGCUUCAAAUCCUUUGUACACUGUGGAGUUUACCGAACAACCCUUUGGGCUUAUUGUCAAAAGAAAACAAAACGGGGCUGUGCUGCUAAACACAACAGUGGCUCCACUCUUCUAUGCGGAUCAAUUUCUGCAAAUGUCCACAUCCUUGGCAUCAGAGUUUGUUUAUGGACUGGGGGAGCAUCGCUCCAACUUUCUGCAUGACGUGCAGUGGAACACGCUAACCAUGUGGACUCGGGAUGCAGCACCAGUGGAGCUCACCAACCUUUAUGGAGUCCAUCCGUUUUACCUUCUGAUGGAGUCUGAUGGACUGGCACAUGGGUCUUUCUUACUCAACAGCAAUGCAAUGGAUGUUGUUCUUCAGCCAGCUCCUGCCCUCACAUGGCGCACAAUCGGGGGAAUUCUGGAUCUGUAUGUCUUUGUUGGCCCUGAUCCCAGUUCUGUGGUUGGAGAGUAUCUGGAGGUUGUAGGAAAGCCUGCUAUGCCUAUAUACUGGGCAUUGGGAUAUCACCUUUGCCGGUGGGGCUACGACUCCAGCAAUAACACCUGGGAUGUUGUAAAGAAAAUGAGAAACAAUCAGAUCCCUCAGGAUGUGCAGUGGAAUGACAUCGACUACAUGGACCGUGCCUUGGACUUCACUCAUGACCCUGUUAAUUUUGCAACCUUGCCUGACCUUGUGAAAGACCUUCAUAUACACGAUCAGCAUUAUGUUAUGAUACUGGAUCCAGGCAUCAGCAGCACUCAGCCAGCAGGAUCCUAUUUGCCUUUCCAGGAAGGAAUAAAACAGGGUGUUUUUAUCACCAACUCCAGUGGAGACCUGCUCAUUGGCAAGGUCUGGCCAGGCCUCACAGCGUUCCCAGACUUCUCCAACCCAGACACACAUGAGUGGUGGUACCAAAACCUGAAGACGUUCCAUGAUCAAGUUCCUUUUGACGGGCUGUGGAUCGACAUGAAUGAACCAUCUAAUUUCCUCGACGGGUCUGUUGAUGGCUGCCCAAGCAAUGACUUAGAAAACCCUCCUUAUACACCAGCUGUUCUAGGUGGCAGUUUGAGGGCUAAGACAGUUUGUGCAUCUGCACGCCAGAAGCUCAACUCUCACUACAACCUGCACAACUUGUAUGGACUCAUGGAAGCCAAGGCUUCAGCAAGUGCUUUGAAGAAGCUCCUGAAAAAACGACCGUUUGUGAUUUCCCGCUCAACGUUUUCCAGUCAUGGAGUCUACUCCGGUCACUGGCUAGGAGACAACAGGAGCCAAUGGAAAGAUUUAUACAUGUCUAUUCCAGGCAUGCUGACUUUUAAUAUUUUGGGCAUUCCACUGGUGGGAGCAGACAUCUGUGGCUUUUCUGACACCACCACUGAAGAGCUGUGUGUGCGCUGGACUCAGCUAGGAGCAUUCUACCCCUUCACCAGAAACCAUAACACUAAAGACUCUCAGGCUCAGGAUCCCACCGUCUUUAGUCCUGCUGCUCGAAAAGCGAUGACAGAAGUGCUUCUCCUCCGUUAUUCCCUCUUUCCUUUCCUCUACACACUCUUUCACCAUGCUCACCUCAGUGGACACACUGUGGCCAGACCCCUGUUUUUCGAGUUCCCAAGAGAUCUAAAGACAUACAAGAUAGAUAAACAGUUUCUUUGGGGAAAGAGUUUGCUGGUGACUCCAGUUUUGGCCCCUGGGGUGGAUUAUGUAGUCGGCUAUCUGCCCCAGGGCAUCUGGUAUGACUUUUAUACGGGUGACUCCUUGGUCAGCAAGGGGGAAGAAAUUAAGCUCCAUGCUCCACUGGACAAAAUUAACUUGCAUCUCAGGGAGGGAUCCAUCACACCUACACAGAGACCUAACACGACUCUGUGGGUGAGCAGCAGUCAGCCCCUGCACUUAAUAGCGUGUCUGACUGAGGAUGGCCUGGCAGAGGGAGACCUUUUCUGGGACGACGGGGAGACUAUCGACACUUAUGAGACUGACCAGUAUGCCUACUUUAUUUUCAGACUGAAACAGAACACUAUGACCUCGGAGGUGGUGCACAGUCACGUGGAGGCUACAUACAUCACAGUCGAGACAGUUUCUUUCUAUGGGUUGAAGAAAGGGCCCACCUCCGUUACUGUCAACUCCCAGGAAGCUUCUUUCAUCUACACAACCAAUCAGGUGUUGAAAGUAUACGACUUGGGUCUGAACCUUAGUCAGAACUUUACAAUCAGCUGGGUAUCAUAAGAAAUCAGCCAAUCACCAACCUGCUGACUGACAGUUUACUCUUAAUGGAUUAGGGGUGAUGAUGAUUGUAUGCACUGAAAUUCUUGGGACACAACCUUCUAUACUUGACUUGUACCUGUUGAUUGUAAAAUAAUCUUAAUCACUGCAGGGUGCCAGUCAAGUGCAGUUGGUACUUUUCUGACAGCCACAGGGAUAACGUGCAAGAACUGAGGGUGAACGUCAAUGGGACACUUUUAGUGGUUUAAAUUCUGAAAUUCUGUUGAAAAUGUUUGGUCAUUUGAUGGGUGUCCAGUUGAAAAUAGGAAUGCAGAGAUACCGAUUUUGUUGAUCGAUGUUAUAACUGGUAAAAUUACUCAAAUUCAAACCAUAGUUAACAUAGAUAACAUUAAUGUUAUGUAGGUCCCCCUUGUGGCACAGUAAUGGCUCUGACCUAUCGAGGCAUGGCUUUACAAAACCUCCCAAAGGUGUUGUGGUGUUUGGCCUAAAGACUAAUAUUAUCAGCAGAUAAUUUAAGAAGUCCUGUAUUUUGAGAAGUGGGUGGCUCUCCAUGGAUCUCAUCAGUGAGCCUUUUGCCAGUUCACUGGUUGUUCUUUCUUUAGAGGAAUUUGACUAGAUCGGCCUGUCCUCUAUCCAUCAGAAUUUGGCUCUUUUCAAAGUGAUCAGUUCCUCAGAUUAUUAAAUUUGUCCAUUUGUUUCAGCACACCAACUAAAAGGCCAAACUGUUCGCUUGCUGCUCAGUAUGUUUGACCCACCCCUUAACAGAUGCCACUAUAAGUAGGUAAGGAAUGAUUGUGUUUACAUGCACAUCUAAAUAUAAAAUUAUUGCGGUAUCCGUGAAAACAGCUACAGAGAUAUGGAUUUUAGCUCAGUAAUGGUAUUUCUUAGUGCAUGUAUAUUCUUAUCUGGCGUAUUCUGGAAUUUCUCAGUCUGUGCAUGCCUGAAAACAGAUUGUGUUACUGCAAGUAAGCAACAAUUAACAAAGCAAAACAAUCGUAAAACCUAUUGUACUUGGUUCAUAUCCACAGCAGUGUAGUUCUGAACACGACAGAGAGAAUUAUAGGAAUAGAUUCUUCCUUUCCUGUUUUAUAUGAUGCAUAUUUUUUUCAAACACAGGGUACUUUUGAGCAAAAUUUAACCAUGAAUGAAUUUAGCUGAUGGUUUGAUAGGUAGCUUGCUAGAUUAGCCUCUGUGCUACCCAGCUGUGCCGAUACACACCUGCAGACAACACCGUAUGCUGCCGGUAACACACCCACAAGAUACAAACUUGGGGCGACACGUACUACUUGUCACCUGCCAAGGACACCAGAAUGUGACCGCACUGUUUAAGGUGGAAUGGACAGUUUGAAUAAGAAGCAGGGAAAUAAUAAUGAGCCACAUUUAGCCUGUGACAGGUACCACUGUAGACAGUGUAUGUCUGUGAUUAUUUUAUUGUGUGUGUGUGUGUGUGUCCCUUUUAAAACAGUCCAGAUGUUUUCCUGAUGAGACUUUCUUGUUUCAGACUUUGCUGGAAACCUUUUUUCCCCCAAUGCGUUAUUUUCUGUUCUUUAGACAUUCAGGGAAAGGGAGUUGUGCAAUAAGUUUGAUAGUGAGUGAAAAAGCCCCCUAGGUCUCAUUCUGGGACCAUGAGACUACUCCUGUCUACUGGAUCUGUAGCUGUCCUGCUCAGCAGUAGAUUAGUUUAGCCAUUCUCUGUGUUCUUGCUGAUAUUUCAGAUUUCAUGCGUGUGUAUAUAUAUAUAUAUAUAUAUAUAUACAUAUAUAUACAUUCACACACUAGUGCAUCGCAAAAAAAAAAGAAUAUCAUUUAAAAGAAGUUUGAAUGUAUAUUAUAUUAUAUAGAUGUAUUGCACACAGAGUGAUCUAUUUUAAGUGUAAAUAUCUUUUAUUGUUGAUGAUUGUGGCUUACAGCCAAUAAAAACCCAAAAAUCAGUGUCUCAGAGAAUUUAAAUAUUAUAAAAAACAAUUGGCGCACUGCCCACGCUGCCGAAAUGACCAAGUCCUGCUGAAAAAUGAAAUCUACAUCUCCAUAAUAGUUGUCAGCAGAGGAGAGCAUGAAGUGCUGUAAAAGUUCCCAGGAAAACAAAACUGCACUGACUUUGAAAUCGAUAUAACGAAGUGGAUCAACACCAGCAGAUGACAUGUCUCUCCAAACCAUCACUGAUCAUCAGUAAAUUUCACAUUUUACUUGGAAAUUAAGGGAGCAGAGUCUGGAGGAAGAGUGGAGAGAGACACAGUCCAAACUGCUUGAGGUCUAAUGUGAAAUUUUCACAAUCAGUGAUGGUUUGGAGAGACAUGUCAUCUGCUGGUGUUGAUCCACUGUGUUUUAUCAAGUCCAAAGUCAGUUUAUAUGUAUAAAAUUAUUUAAGUAAUUCUUAAGCUUGACUGCACUAUUAAGGCGUGUGGUAAUAAUGCCAGACUAAUAAUGUGCACCUGUAGCGUGUUUUGUUUUUUGUACAUUUCAGUGUUACACCAUUUGCAGUUUUCAGACACAUUGUGCCUUAUAAUGCAUUGAAACUGUGAUUAUUAUCGCUUUUACUGUGAUUGCAUCUAGGAGCCACAGUUAAUAUAGUUUAAGACCCUUCGCUAGGCAUUGGUCGAUUGUCAUUUAGACCAGGACUAGCACACAUUGUGAGUGGCUUCCAGUUUUAAUAUCAUUAAAAUUAUAUUUUUUUCGUUUAUAGUUUGCUUCAAACUUGAUUAAUGCCAGUAAGCUUUUUAAUCAAGAGCAUUUUUCAUGAAGAUCGACUCUUUAAGUAUUAAAUGAUGAACAGGGCUUUGUGCAUUAAGGCUUUAUGGUGAUCCCCAAAGACGCUGUUUAAUUAUUUUACACUACGUGGUUUAAUUUAUUAGAAGCUGCUUCUAGGAAAUGCUUAUGAUGAUUGUGUUCCUUAUGCACCUUUUGAGUGCUUUGGUCUUAGUUAGAUUAAUGAGGCAUGUGGCUGUAGCAAGCCUUUAAUAUGUUGCACACUGUAAAGACUACAGUAACUUUUCUCUUAAAUUCAGUUCAGUUUUUCACACUUAUGAUUUGAUCCAAUGGUGAUGUGUUCUGAUGAAUUGUUUGUUUUGUUCAAUAAAAAAUUGCUUCCAUAUAUUUUUUUUUUUUUAAGUGGGAAGCUUUUAUCAUGUUA